AUGUCGUCCAAGAAGCCCUCUGGCAAGACUCAGCGCUCCGCUAUUGCGGAUGUCGUCGCCCGCGAGUACACCAUCCACAUGCACAAGCGACUCCAUGGUGUCACCUUCAAGAAGAGGGCUCCCCGUGCCAUCAAGGAGAUCAAGUCCUUCGCCACCAAGGCCAUGGGUACCUCUGAUGUCCGCAUCGACCCCCAGCUCAACAAGAAGGUCUGGGAGAACGGUAUCAAGGGUGUUGACUACCGACUCCGAAUCCGAAUUUCCCGACGACGAAAUGAUGAGGAGGGUGCCAAGGAGAAGCUGUACAGCUACGUUCAGGCUGUGAACGUCAAGGACGCCAAGGGCCUCCCCACGGUCCUUGUUGAGGAAUAA